CUCGCAGGUAUGCUCAAAGGCGCCUCUCCGCUCGCUCCUCUUUUCGCCACCCAUCUGAACCCGGCGGCCGGCUAACUUUCAGCACAUACUCUCGCAGUUUUGUUGCUUUUUAGCGCCUCUCUAUUUUUAUAGACUUUACCGAGAAGUGUUGGUCGCACUUUGCCGGGUGCGCGUAUGUAGAGGGUGGGGGCUGAUGUCUGUUCAUAUUUCUUAUUUUUAAAUCACCUACUUCCCUGUUAGGGACAUGCUUGGCUUCCUGAUUUGAAGACGCGCCUCUGAGUGGCGGAGCUGUGAAAAGAACGCACACGCACCCUCGGUGACAUCCCACAACACACGAGACACCAGUGUUAGGUGACAAUCGGUUCAAGACUAAAUGGAAAAGGUUAGCUUUGUGUGGAGUACUGUACGUUCCACUUCAGUGCCGCGACUUUGCCGACCUUGACCGCGAUCGGAGGGAGACUACAGAACAGCAGGUGCGCAACUCUCACUUACUAGCCCAUGAAGUUGCUGUUUUGUUCACCUCAAAUGUAAACUGGACUUAGAUCAAUCAUCUGGAGGUUAAGGGUAUUGAUCUGAUCAGAGAUCUAUCACGGACUCCGAUCGAAGAAGUAAUGUGAACGAAGUGGACCUGAAGUGUCUACUGCGACAUCUGAAUAACGGACACCGGACCAUUUGGGCCGAUCCGAGCUAAGACUGUGUAAUAUGACUUGAUUGCAGCUCGCCUAUCGGAAAGUAAAAAAUAUAUAUAUUUUCCUCUCUGUAUGGAAAUGCAGAUUUUCUGAUUUACCAAAUGCCCUUCAGGUAAGCUUGAGCCUGCAUGGUUCACUAAUCAGAUGCAGUGUUUCGGUAUCUCAGGGUUUGGUUUACCUGAUCUCAUCGUAGGCAAGACUGAGAACUUGAACUUUACUUUUUCAUUUUUUUAGUACUCCAGGUGGUGAUCAUUGAUCUUUUACGGUUUGAAACUCGGUUUACUUGUCGAAUGAGAUAUCAACCUCAUUGAACUGAUUUGAACUUCAUUGCAAUACAACCCGGACCAUUAGGAUUGUGCCGCCUGCCCAAUGAAUUGACCCGUUUGUGCUACCGUUAUUGGGGUGAACCAGAGCGAGCCCAGUGGCAACCAUGAAAUUCAACGGGUUUUUAAAGCUGCGCAUCGGCGAAGCCGUGGACCUGAAGCCCACGGAUUUCUCCCAGAGACACAACGUUUUGUUCAAUAAAGCUGCGGUCUAUCUUGACCCUUACAUUACGGUCAGUGUAGACGAAUGGAGAAUCGGACAAACACACACGAAACAGAAGACCAACAGCCCCACGUACAACGAAGAUUUCUCCGUGAACGUGACCAACGGCCGAAAGGUCGAGCUGGCGGUCUUUCACGACACGCCGAUCGGCUACGACGACUUUGUGGCCAACUGCACCAUCAUGUUCGCGGACCUUAUCGGCGCCAGCAACUCUGACGAGACCUUUGAAGGAUGGGUUGACCUGGAGCCGGAGGGCAAAGUCUUCAUUGUCAUCACCCUCACAGGGACCUUUGUGGAUGGUAAGUAA